AUGUCUGACGAGGACCAAGACGGCCUCAUCACUGAGACCGAAUGCAGCAAGGCUUUCAAGAGGAUCCUUGGAGCCAGUGCGGAGAUGCCCAAGUACCGGCUGAAGGAGAUGUUCGACGAGAUGGACGUCCUAGGAAAGCAAAGGUUGGAUUUCCGGCAGUUCCACAAGUUGGCUGCGGAGCUUUCUCAGUAUAUGGCCGACAAUCCGAAGUGGGCCAAAGAAGAGGAGGAAAAGGCGGAGAAAGAAGAGAAGCGGAAGCAGCAACAACUUCGCGAACGUGCAAAAAGCGAUGCCUCUGACGUCUUUGCGAUCCUUGGCAUAGCCAAGUCCAAGGACGUCCAGGAGACGGAACACCGGAAGAACUUGGCGGUGAACAAAGCAAAUGAGGCCAAGGAGAUGCUCAAGGCUGCUGGACAACAGGUCCUGGAGCCCAAGCAGAGCCGGGAACCUCGCAACACGUCGCGGCGCUUCACGUCGGACGGCACUACCAGCCCGAAGAAGCAGCCCCUGGAAGAUCCAGGUUCUCCGUCAGCUCGGAUCACCUCCAUCACAGUGAAUCGCCGUGCCGGUCGAAACGCCGGCCGUCGUGCCACUGUUGAUCCCUCCACGGAUCUUCCCAAGCUGCAUUUCCAGGGCUAUGGUCACGCCUGCUUUUCGCUGCGGUUCUCGCCUGAUGACCUGCAGCUGGCUGGAGCCUAUCUGGAUGGUGGCCUACGCGUCUUUGACGUCGCCCGAGCACAGCACCUUCACACGCUGAAUCUGUCUCCUCGCAAUCUCACAAGGGAUGAGGAGAAGGAUGACAUGGAGGCAGCCGCAGAAAAAGCCGCGCUGGAGCGUGGCAAGCGCCUCUCCAAACGAGGCACUGCAAUGCUGAACCUGCGAUGGUUACCAGCAGGCCGCACAGCGAACAUCAUCGCAAGCGUGGAUACAGCUGGCACAAUCGGCUUCUGGGAGGUGACGCGUGGUGGAGGUGUGAAGAUAUUGGCAGAGAUGCCUGGUGAAGCUGAGCUGGAUGCGCUCUCCUUCAGCGAGGGUGGAGAUAAGCUCUUGGUGGGCGGCCAGGAGAGGGUCGUCAAAGUCUACGACGUGGAGCAGUUGAAGUCCAGCAAAGGUCGCGACAUGAAGGAAGAGCUCUGCCUGGGUUCAAAGGAUGCCACGGUAGGUGAGAAGCCCUGUCGUCACAGCCUGAAGAUCAUGAGCAUCCGAUCGGUGCCUGAGCACCAGCACUUGUUUUUGUCUGGCGGGAUGGACAGGAGCGUACUUCUUUGGGACCUUCGAACUCCAAAGACCCCUUCGGCUUGGAUCUCUGGUGUGGAGCUCUGUGGCGACUCCUUGGACAUGUCGCGCGACGGCAACACCCUCCUCGCAGGCAGCCACCGCAGCUUGAACCCGCUUCAGCUCUUCGACCUGCGCCUGCUCAAGCAAGCGGACGAGUCUGAGAAGAAGGCUGGAUUGACAAUGACUGCGGUGCAAACCUAUCAGUGGUCCGCGCCACUGACGGGAGGUCAUGAUAGCGCAAGGCAUUACUUACUGGUAGGCUUGGCAAAGAUGUCGAGAAACACUUGUCUUCGGGUUCAUGUGUUGCAGUUUUCUUAUGUUUGGGGAUAUGUUUUUGAGUUGUUUGUUUCUGUGGCUUGCUGUUGCCUGCUGUUGCUGACAGUUCCUUACUUUUUUGAACCUGGCUUGUUUUCUGCGUCUUGCUCUGCCUUUCGCUUCUUCCUUGCCUGCGCUUCCCGCCAAUGGCACUUUUUCUUGCUUCCAGCCUGUUGCUUUCUUUCCUUUUCUUUCUGUGCUUAUUUUCUGCUUACGGCUUUCUGGUUUCACUUUCUGCUUAUUGCUUUAAGGUAUCUUUUCAUGUUUCUUGCUGUUGCUUCCUGCUGGUCGCUUUCUACUUGUUGCUUUUUGCUUCCGGCUUGUUGGUUUCUGCUUGUUGCUUUCUGCUUCUUGCUCUCUGUUUCUUGCAUUCUCUGUUACGUAGAUUCACAGAGACUUGAAACACGGAAGCAAAACCAAUAG